GGGCGUAGUAGCGGAAAGAUGGCAGCUGACACAGGCAGAUACCGGAGCGCUGUCUCCAAAAGCAAAGACCCCUCCGGUUUACUUAUAUCUGUAAUAAGGACAUUGUCCAGCAGUGAAGAUGUGCAGGACCGAGAGACAGAGAAGGGCCGUCUGGAGGAGGCCUAUGAGAAGUGUGACCAUGAUGUGGAUGAGUUGAUUGUUCAGCACUACACAGAGCUCACCACAGCCAUCCGAACCUACCAGAGCAUCACAGAGAGGAUCACCAGCUCUCGCAACAAGAUCAAACAGGUCAAGGAGAACCUGUUGUCCUGUAAGAUGCUCCUCCACUGUAAGCGAGAUGAACUGAGGAAGCUGUGGAUCGAAGGUGUCGAGCACAAGCAUGUCCUCAGCUUGCUGGACGAGAUCGAGAACAUCAAACAGGUCCCUCAGAAGUUGGAGGCAUGGCUGGCCAGCAAGCACUACCUGCACGCCACAGAUAUGCUGGUUUCAGCGGUGGAUUCUCUUGAAGGACCCCUGCUACAGGUGGAGGGUCUCGGCGACUUGCGACUGGAGCUCCACAGUAAGAAGCUCAACAUCCAUCUGGUGCUAAUUGACGAGCUCCAUCGACACCUCUACAUCAAAUCAACCAGCCGCGUGGGUCACCGAGGAAAAGACAAGGACAAGGGCCGGUCUGCUUCAAAGGAUACAUCUGUUUUGGAUGUCGGUUUGUCCACUCCACGCAAGCUCACAGAACACUCACAGUUCAGCACCCCUGGAACAUCCAGCAUGCGUGAGCUGCAGGAAAUGAGAGAGGACUUGGACGUAGACCCAGAGGAGAACAGUGCAGAGUUCAUGGGGAUCCUGAUCAAAGCUCUGGCCAAACUCAAGAAGAUCCCGGAAACCAUUAAAGCCAUCAUGGAGCGUCUGGAGCCUGAGCUCAAGCAGAUCCUCAAGAGAUCCACCACUCAGAUCGCUGACCAUGCCUACCAGAGAGGAGAGAACCUGGCACAGGACAACCAGCCCAGGUUGGUGCUGGAACUGCUUGAGCUGUUGUUUGAUAAGUUGAAUGCAGUGGCCCAGGCUCACAGUGUGGUUCUCAGUCACCUACAGCAGAUUAUCGUCUCUCCCAAUGGAGCACAGGAAGGGAUCAAACUCUAUGAGCAGGCUGAUGUCUAUGCCAAGAUCCAGACCGUCCUACAGGUGCUGCUAAUGGACUACCUGGAUGUCAAAAAUACCCGUAGAGCUGCAGAGCCUUCUGCCCAGCUGUCUUACGCCAGCACCGGCGGAGACUUUGGAGCGUUCUUCGCCAAGAAGAAACCUCUCCGACCUAAACAGUCUUUAUUCAAGUUUGAGUCUUCUUCUCAUGCCAUUAGCAUGAGUGCGUACCUGCGGGAGCAGCGGCGAGAACUCUACAGCAAAAGCGGGGAGUUGCAAGGUGGAGCUGAUGAUAACCUGAUUGAGGGAGGAGAGACUAAGUUCCUGUGUAAACCAGGAGCCAGAAACAUUACGGUCAUCUUUCAGCCAUUGCUUAGACAUGGUCACUGUCACUGUCAGAUGGCUUGAUGCUAUUUUGUCCUGGAUGUAACACCCUUCUCAAACGCUCUUUUAAAAGACCUGUUGGUGUUAAUGCAAGCUGUGGAUGUACAGCUCGCAUUGCUAUACCACAUGUGAAUAGAAAGCAGAUUUUCUGUCAAAUUAUAUUAUUCUAGACAUUUCAACCCAUGGUAAGUCAAGCAAC